CCCGCUUGCAUGUCUCCUUCUCAUUGGUCCUUCGCCCGGCGUCACCGUCACCCAAUCACCGCUCCUCCAACUGUGCUGUAUGCUGGUGUAGCCAUGCCCAUGAUCAUGAAUGGAGUCAUCAAAUCCUACCCAUCCCCCCCUCUCCUCGGAAGCCGAAGAACCCUAAUUUAUUCCAUCGAAAUAUCCCUCUCUUCCUGAAACUGUGUAUUGAUUUCAUAUAUGAUUGUUUUUUUUCCUCGAAAGCCAUCAAAACAGUGAAUGAGAGAGAAGGUGUGUGAGGAAGAGAAGAGAGAGUAGAGGAGGUGGAGGUGGAGGAGGAGGUGGGCGGUUGUGGCGAGAGAAACAUAGAGCGGACGAGCGCCGAAACAUGUCUGCCAUAGUGUGCGGGAAGAGAUCCUCCAUUUUCGAAGAUAGUUUGAGUCUGACAGCUAACCCACCCGUCUCCAAGAGAAUCCGCUGCUCCUCUUCCUCGCCCGUUCGCUUCUCCCCGCCCAGGCAAAACAACUCUUCCUUUCCUUCCCCCUCCUCCAAUCACUCCCCGCCGCACUUGAUCGAACAUCUCAAGGCCAUUUUUCCUUACAUGGACCAUAAGGUGCUCGAGAAAGCACUUGGAGAAUGCGGUGAUAAUUUGGAUUCAGCCAUCAGAAGUUUGAAUGAGCUUCAUAUAGGAUCUACUGAUAAUAACCUAGACUCUGCUUCAGCCAAAUUUGAUGUUACACCGGAAGCCAAUGUUCAAUCACGAGGUGCAGAGAUUGCCAAUGGGGAAGUUGGGGCUAGUGAGGAGCUAUCAGCUCCACAGGACCCUCCCAUGGAUGGUGCUGAUUGGGUGGAGCUGGUCGUAAGAGAAAUGAUGAUUUCUUCCAAUGUAGAUGAUGCUAGAGCUCGUACUUCAAGAGUGCUUGAGGUUUUGGAGAGAUCCAUCCGUGCACGUUCAAGUGCAAGUGCAGAGGCAGCCCAAACCUUUCGCCAGGAAAAUAUGAUGCUGAAGGAACAAGUGGAAUCACUUAUUCAGGAAAAUACAAUUCUCAAGCGAGCAGUGUCUAUUCAACAUGAUCGUCAGAAAGAGAAUGAAGAAAGGAGCCAGGAGUUGCUACAUCUGAAGCAACUGGUGUCACAAUACCAGGAGCAAUUGAGAACACUAGAGGUGAACAACUAUGCAUUGACAAUGCACCUGAAGCAGUCUCAGCAAAGCAACUCCAUCCCAGGACGUUUCCACCCCGAUGUCUUUUAGUGAACCUUGGAUACAUUAAUUUGGCCUUGGGGAUGGUUAGUGAGUGUGCUUUCAAGCACUGCUAAGAAAGUAUUACGACAUAUCUCUAGGCACUUGAAAUGGUGGUCUGCUGUGCUAAUUGGGGCUUUUGGCGUGCUGGGGCUUCCUAUUUUAUAUCCAAACGGAAGGCAGUGAUGAAAGACAGCAUUUAGUUUCAUUCGAAUACGUUGUUAAGGCUUACUUAUCUUUUCCAUUUGUGCCCCUCAAUUUUAUGAGAAUUUAAUACACGUAGGUGGUUGUAUGUGUAUGUCAAGAGACGUUUUAAUUUCAUUAAUAAAGAGAUUUAUGGCGCUCA